AGUUUGUGUAUCCGUUCAAACUUCAAAGUGAUCAGUGAUGCCAAAAUUAUUAUUCCAUUUGUUCCUUCACAAAUUUGUUGUUUUUGAAAGAAGAUACGCACAUGAUCGUACUUAUACAUUUCACAGCCAGAAAAAUCUUCUCUGCAAAUAGAUAUUGUUUUUAAAUUAUGAUUUUCUAGCUGGAUUUGCGCAUUUGGCAUUGCUAAAAUGAAAGCUGCAAGAGGCUUGGAACUUUGGAGAGGAAUUUAUGGGGUAAAAGCCACUAGCCCUCUGCUAGCCGUAACCUGCCGGAAUGACACGAGCAAGCGCUUCCAGCAUCCUCACAAUCCUGCGCAGGGCCAGUCGGGAGACAUCGGCGUCGUCCCGGACAUACCCACCUCCGCGAAGUCCAGCACCCUGGGAAACUUAAAACGCGGUCGAGGAGGACGUUCUUCGUUUAGUGGCGUGGUGGCUACGGUUUUUGGCGCAUCGGGCUUUCUUGGCGGAGCCGUUUCUAACCAGCUGGGAAAAAUUGGUAGCCAGCUGAUCAUUGCCCAUCGCUGCGAUCCGUACGAUGUGCGGCAUAUUAAGGUUAUGGGCGAUCUGGGACAAGUUUUGUUCCAGUACUGCGAUAUCCGUGAUGAAGCCGCCGUGAAAAGAAGCAUGAAAUACUCCAACGUCGUAAUCAAUCUUAUUGGCCGCGAUUACGAAACCAAGAAUUUUACUUUCGAGCAAGUGCAUGUGGAAGGAGCUCGCCGGAUAGCGCGGGCCGCUAAGGAAGCGGGUGUUGAACGGUUAAUUCAUUUUUCGGCUCUUAAUGCCUCGGAAAACCCAACACCGAUCUUGAUGAAGAAGGGCUCGGAAUUUUUGAAAUCCAAAGCACGCGGGGAGAAAGCCGUGUUGGAAGAAUUUCCCAAUGCUACAAUAUUUCGUCCAGCGGAUAUCUUCGGUACAAACGACAGGUUUAUAAUGUAUUACCGCUAUUGGCUGAGGCGCAACGUUAAAUGGAUGCCGAUGUACAAAUGGGGUGAAGCAACGAUCAAACAGCCUGUUUUCGUUGGUGAUGUGGCUCGUGCUGUUGCGAAUGCCGUAACUGAUCCGGACUCUAUUGGAAAAAUUUACGAAGCAGUGGGGCCGAGAAGGUACGUGCUGGCUGACUUGGUGGACUGGUUUUAUCAGGUUAUGAGACGAUCGCCAGAAAUGUGGGGAUACCGAAGAACGCCCCUUGACCCAAUUUCACGGCUCAAGCACAAGAUGUUCGACAUCUUCGCUUACAGAAAUCCUCACCUUACAACUGAACGAGCCGAGCGUGAAUAUGUAACAGACAAGCGUGCCGGUACACUGCCAGACUUGGAAGCGUUGGGAAUAAAGCCACUCAAAACCAUCGAGGAAUAUGCGCCAUUUGUACUAUAUCCCUUUCGGGCAUUUAAUGAUUAUAACGAUGAAUUAGGUGAAUUUCCUACGCCUCCCGAUCCUCGCUAUAUGGAGGAUGAACUACACACGGAGUUGUGGAAACUCUAUCAUCAGUCUCCAGAGCAGCAACUGCAAACCCGUUGAAACUGUCGAAGUGUAAAUAUAUUAUAAUACAGCCUUAGGUUUGAUUAAAUAUUACGCAAAGCUGUUUUAUUUUAUUUCAGUUUUCAUUCAAUUAUGAAUUAGUUUAUCUGUUAGCAACUACGUUUACUAUUAAUAACUUGUGUUGCUUAUCAGACCUGUUUUACUGAAAUAAAAACGAGUGAACGUCGAAAAAAACUGUACAUU